GUGCGCGAUUUUCCUUUCGACAGCCAGACAUGUUCUAUCAAAAUGAUGACACAUUCGUUUCGAGCUACUGAGUACGGUAUAAACGUGGUGAUUCCUCCAGCGAUCGAGAAAGCUUCACCGCUUGAAGAUAUGGGUAAUGGCGAGUGGCAAAUCAAAUCUCUUACCACAAGAAUGGAAAGGAUCGAGUAUGAAGAUGGAUCUAUUGUUGAAAUAGGAAGCUUCAAUUUUUUCAUGAAGAGAAAUCCGGCGUUCUACAUAGCCAUCGUCAUUACACCGUCUUUUAUCAUUAAUAUCAUCUGUAUCCUUGGACUAUUCCUAAGCGGUAGCAAUAAAAUGUCACAGGUGGGUAUGGCUCUCACCAAUAUUAUGUCUUUGACUUUCAUUCUCGGAAUUCUUGCCAAUGUACUGCCUAAGGUUGACGAGUUGCCGAAGAUAGGUGUCUACGUUGUGGUUAAUCUGGCGCUCAUAACUGCCUCACUGCUCAUUGUCCUACUUCUGCCUUACCUACCGCUGCCAUCAUGUUUCCGCUCAAGCGUUAAAGGAGAGAAGGACAACGUGGAAGAGGCCAGUGAAGAGAAGACCCUCCGCUUAUCUCCAGUGAAUAUAGCCUUCCUUAUUCUUCUUGAACUUGCAAAUCUUGUGAACUUCCUAGUGCUUGUCUUGUGA